ACAAUGUGAGUUCCUCAUGAUAGUUCUCAAGGCUGCCGCUAGAGGCGCCACUAGCGCUGCUGUCGGUUAUGGCGCGCAUUUAAAAUUUGUACAUUAUAGUUCGUGCGAGAGCCACCAACGCUGCGCGGUUGCCAACCCACAGUCGGUAUUGCAGAUUCCACCAUUAACAGUUGAUUGAAAUGCAGAUUCCUACCCUACAUUUUAAUUCGACCGUCAGAGUAGGGAACUGUUUUUUCGACAUGUUUCGACCCUCAUCUGUGUUAUAUUUUACACAUGUGUUAGUGCAAUUUGUGAUGUGUGAAUCUGUAUAUUGGGUAUAUGUACACACGGCAAAGAAAUUUACCUGGAACAACCAUAAAUUUCACUAUAUUAACGAAAGUUUUAGUUAUUUCAGUUAAGACUUUCACCUUAUUGCAGUUCCAGUUAAAAUUUUAUUUCCGUGUACAACACCUGAAAUAGAUUUCAGAUAUUCACACCUGUCUCUUUUUAAUUCAUUAUUAAUUCAUUAAUGAUUUGUCUUAUCAAUCCAAAUAUUUUAUUUUAACGAGUCUUGAAAAUUUUUUUCUUCAAGACAUGUACAUAUCAGGAUAUUUUACUUUAAGAGCUUCCUUAUUAUAUAAUCAUUAUAAAAUUUAAGCCAAUUUUAAAGUGAUUUUUGCUCUCCCACCUUUGACUUUGACCUAAUUUUGACGUUUUAUUUUUUUUUCUCUUUUGAACUAAUUUUGAGAGUAUGUUUAGUCUGACAUGUGAUCUAAUUUUGAAGUUAUGUUUACCGUCUGACAUGUGAUCUAAUUUUGAGGUUAUGUUUACCGUCUGACAUAUGACCUACUUUUGAGGUUAUGUUUACCCUCUUCUUUUUUACCUAAUUUUGAGGUUAUGUUUACCCUCUGUCAUUUGACCUAAUCUGCUUUCUGACCUAUCAUUUUGACCUGACUUUGAGGUUAUGUUUACCCUUUGUCCUUGGACCUUAUUUUGAGGUUAUGUACUAUAACGUUCAUUUUAUUUAUUUUUAUUUUGAGAUAAUUAUUUACAGACUUUUAAACAAUUAUUUGUAAUAAAUUUUAAAGUUUUUAGAUCUAUUCUAAAUUUUAUCGAAGAAAAAUGAGUUUACACUUGGACAAUAGGUCAGGGCUGAACGCUAUCUACACUUUGAAUUUAAUUAUUCUUAAAGGUUAAGAUGAAUUAUUUUAAACGCCAGGAUAUUUUUCUUGAAAAUAUCCAAAACAUUAAUUUAGUUAAUUUCGAUUAUUUUUGCCAGGCUAAUUCAGAAAUUAUUAGCAAAAUUUCUAAUAAACCGCGGAGAGGGGAGGAGUAAGGAGAUCAACACAACAAUUAGUUACACAGUCACUGAAUUUAAUUAUUAUCAAGAUUGAUUUUUAUUCAAUUAAUGUUACCUUAAGAAUUUAAUUUUUUCUUUUAACAAUUGUUAUAUUUGGCAGAAGGCCGAAUUUUCGAAAUUGAAUUUCCGCAUAAAAAUGCGAUGACAAGCAUCACUCUUCGAUUUUCAAAAAAGUAUUUUUAUUAUUGCCAAUCUGGCGAGAAAAUGAAUAUUUAACUUUACUGGGACUCACCAUCUAUGCGACGCCGACCUCGCAUUGAGCCUCGUCCAGACAUUGCACACUUUUAAUUUUUAAAACAAUUUUUUUUUAAUUAUUAUCAAAAUUUGAUCUGGCGUGACGCGCCGUUUACGACUAUCAAACCGAGAAUGAAUAAAAUGGCUGUGUGUCUGGCUACGAGAGCGUCGCUACACGUGCGCUUCUUUUUAGUUUUGGGUGAGUCCCCGGCGUACUUUUUUUUAAAACUUUACUCUCUACAAGUAUUCGCGCGAGGUAGGAUAUCCGGCGCCAAUAAUGCAGAGCGCCUACUUAUUAGUCGCUGUCGUUUACUCGCGUCACCUUUUAAUCCAAUAUGGCCGCAAUCAGUGUUUUGACAGGACCAAAACAAUGAGUAAUUUUCGUCUUCCUGGUGCUCUUGAAUAUUCGGGACUCACAUCCGAAUAUAUGCACCAGGAAGCACUUCCCCUGUUGGCUUCGACCAGCGACAGCGCAAAAAGACCAUCCGACUUCCAGUGAACAUUUUUUUGAUGGCUAUGAAACAACAAAAUACGAACGGCAGAAAAUGUUCCAAUUCCGAGUUUAUUUAUGAUCUGACGCGACGCGCUAUUUAGUUUUUUCACGUUUGCAAAUUGCGUCCCUUGUGACGUCACAAUCAACUGUUUCAGCCUCGCCAGACUUACAGUCAGCUGUAGGCGUACCUUAUUAGAAGUUAAUUUCAUAUAACUUUUUAUUAAUACCAUUGGAUCUGAAAUUAAGUCCGGUGUACUACAAAUAAAUUAUAAAAUGAGUGUUAUUUUAGUAAGAGUACAACUAACUUUAAUUUUUAGUUGGUUUUUAUGAUUAAAUAAAGUUGUUUGCUUAAGAUAGAGUCAAAAAUUAAAACUAGCCACCAUUAAAUUUAAGACUUUGUUUUUACUGUGUAAGGUUCAACGAAUCUAACGUACAAAAUCGGAAAAAAAUGAAUAUAAGUUUCAUGAAUGACAACUAUGGAUUUAAAUAAUGUUAUAUUUUAUUAAGAAAAAGUGAAAUUUUUCAACAAGCAUGCCGUUUUGAAAAUAGGAAAUUUUAAAAUCGUAAAAAUAUAGAAAUAUUUUCUAUUCGCUUUCCAACAGUAACAAUUUAAACGAACAGGAAGAAUUAUCAAUUUUACGUUUUCUUUGUACAUUCUUUUUAUUUCGUGACUUAAAUAUCUAGAGUUUAAGACGAUACGUGAAGAGUAUAAAUAAAGGUUCCGCUUUUAUAAAAACUUCACUUGCUCUUUUUGGAUAGUUUCCGUUCAUUUUAAAACUGCAACAUAUAAUAUAUUAAAAAAUUUUAUAUAUGAAGUGUAUGUUUCAUUUCAAAAUGAUUUGGGCAAAACUCUAUCUCUUGCUACAAACAAUGCUAUCUACAUUAAUAGUAGUUUACAGUUUCGAUAUGAGUGUGGAUGACAUUGAUAUUUUAGAAAAUGAAAACAUUCAUUCUCAUAGGCGAUUACUUUCAAUGGAAAGGAAAUAUUUUCAUGCAUGCAUGAAUGUUACAUACUCGCUAGAAACAGAAGGAUAUUUAUACCAAGCUAUGGUUCGAGGAAGCGAGGAAGCAGGUCCUAAUUGGCAAAAUGUGGCUGAAUUCUAUGCUAAUAGAAUUGGUGAAAUUUCUCUUUUUCAUGUUACACUAGGACCUAACAACGAAUUGGAAAUUCUUAGACCAUCCCAGACGGUAUCAAACCUAUUGGCAUUCCAGGCCAUAAGUGGAUUUAUUGAUAUAUAUUUGGCAAAUCAGAACGGUGCUUUAUGGUUUCAUGAAAUGCGAGCAACUGAUGAUAUGUUUAAGAGAGAUUUUAAACGUUUUGUACAGCUUAUGUCAGAGGAAGUACAUGAUAUAGAAUGGCCAUUGAUUCCAGUUAAUAUUGGCAGAUUUCAAGAAAUGUAUGAUGAAUCUUGCCUCUCUCCAAAUUCUGUAACGCAGAUAAAUUGGUUACAUUUUCUUAGAAUACUUGCGGGUCAGUCUGGUGACAUGCUCACAAAUUUGCACACCAUAUAUAUUGAUUGGUCAUAUUUGAAAAAAAUGUGUAAAGCAUUAAGUUCAACAUCAAACGACGUAAUUGUUCGAUAUUUGCAGUUUAAUUUUGAAGUAGAUCAAAACAUAUUAUUUUAUGUUAACGGGCUGUUGGCAAAUAUGGGGUAUAAUGAAAGAUCGUAUAAUUGCAUUCUCAAAAUGCCAUUAUCAACAGGGUAUUAUAAUGUUCUGUCGUCUGAGGAAAAUAUUUCUCCCAAAUUUUCUUAUCUAACAAAAUUACUUGAUGUCAUGAAAUCGGAAUUGAAUGAACAAAUUCAAAAUAGUUGGUUUGAAGAUGGUUUAAAAUCUAAAGCAGAAACUGUUGUAAACGGAAUUCAUCUUUGGUUUAGUAAUAUGGGUUUUCCUAUGACAAGAAGGGAAAUAGAAUCAAUUUCAUACAAUUUUGAAGUUGAUAAUACUGCUUUGGGAAAUUUGAUCAAUUAUAAAAGAGCUCAAACGGUGCACAAAUUUAAUCUCUUUUUAACUACCACGACAAAAAGAAGAAAUAAAAGAGACAUAGAAAUGAAUGCAUUUUACAUGCCUAGGAGAAAUCUUAUGGUGAUGUCGCCUGCAUUCUUAUUUCCACCCUUUUUCCAUACAAAUGCACCAGUAGCCUAUAACUUUGGGCGAUUGGGGUUUAUAAUUGGCCACGAAAUUUCUCAUGCUUUCGAUUAUAAACGUCUUAUACCAAUUUUAGGGUAUAAUGCUGAAAAUGCAAGAGAGUUUUCUGAGGAUCUACGUGAUAAAUUGGAUUGUUUUACAGACCAGUUCGACGGUCUUAAUAUGGAAAGUGGUUAUAAUACUUUGAUUGAAAAUAUUGCUGAUACACAAGGAUUGAAACUGGCAUUUAGAGCAAUGAGACGACUUAUUAUGGCAUAUCCACAUAUACAAGAUCAAAGAUUAGGAAAUCUCGAUGCUUUUCAUACAAGAAAAUUGUUUUUUAUAGCCUUUGCAAAUCUUUUUUGUGAAAGUGGGGUAGACCCAUAUGUAUCCGCAACUCAUUCACCAGCCAAGUUAAGAGUUAUUGGAACAUUACAAAAUAUGAAAGAAUUUGCAACGACAUUUAAAUGCGCUAGAGGACGACCAAUGAAUCCACGUGGGGAAAGAUGCGACUUCUGGAAAUACUAAAAAUCUUUUUUCUAAUUUUUUAGCUUUAAUAUAAUUAUAAAGCAGUGUUACCAGAAAGAUAUAAAUAAAAAAUGCUUGAAAUUUA